GUCAGUUAUUUGCAGAGCAGUGACAAUGGACGAUUCUGAUUCCAUAUUACCGGAAUUUCUUUGAGUCAUCAAUAUUGUAAUAUUAGGAACGGGAAGCCUUGUUGUAAACGUGUUCUUAAAAUAUAUUUUAAAUAAAAUAGAAAGAGAAUACUAGUUUUUAGAGAAAAUUAAAAAACGUCCAAAGUAUGGAAGUGAAGAAAUUCACAAGCUUCAUAGUUCUGUUAAUGAUUGGAAGUCAGUCUACGGGAGCGACGUUUAACAUUAAAGAUUUUCAAUGUAAAAUCUGUCGCACACAAUAUCUUUGUUUCCUAUUUUUGGAACCUUGGAUUUGCCCGUAUCUAUGUCAAGCAAAAUGCUAUAAGUCAGCUGAUCCGGGACCAUGCGAUGCAGCGUUCGAAAGAUGGUACUUCAACAAAGAAACUUGUGAAUGUGAACAAUUUACUUACGGAGGUUGCGAGGGAAAUAACAAUAACUUUGAGACUGAAGAAGAAUGCAAAGAAGAAUGUCCGUAACAGAUUACAAAUAUAGAAUAUUUAUACACAUUUAAUAAUCUUUUUUAUAUGUACAUUUAAAUAUUAUAAAUAUAUAAAAAAUGACCUGUCUUGAAGCAGCGUCGCGAAGAGUCGUUAUCUCGGCGGUGUUUAUGUAUUUUUGUACCAUGAGAGAAAAUUUAUUCUUCCGGGCAUGUUUUAUAACGAGUGUUCAGUUGAACUCUCAAAUGAAGUCAUGUCGCUAAUUUUGCGCCUAAUUGUUGUAUCAGCUAUGACUAGAGAUCAUAGUAAAUAACCUGUUUAAAAAUGUUUUCACGACGUGCUAUUAGCGUAAAUUUAGCUGAUAACACAGUUAUUGCUUAAACUACAAUACCCUCUUUCUCUUACUCAGCGAAUCACUACAAUUCAUAUUAUAACGCAUGAAAAUGCCAUUGAUUGUCUUUUUUAUUUAACAUGCAACUUUAUAGUAAGAACAAAAAUAAAAUAAAAAAAAACACCAUAGAA